AUUUGGGUCCCCCCCUUCCUUUUGAAAACCAUACGCUCCACUUUCUCCUCUCUCACUUUCCAACCUCUCUCUCUCUCUCCUCUCACCAGCUGUCCCGCCGGCCAUUCACCGAUCACCUUUCUUUGUACCACAACCAGCAAAAAAAAUGAGCUUCCAAGAUAUCAGAAAUGGCGGAGGAAGACCUACUUCUUCCUCUCGUUCCAUGUCUCAAACUCCUUCUCAAUCAGUCGCCGCCGGUAUUUUCCAGAUCAACACCGCUGUCUCCGCCUUCCGCCGCCUCGUCGACGCCCUUGGCACCUCCAAAGACACCCCCUCUCACCGCCAAAAACUACAUGAUACAAGGCAGCGUGUAUUGCAAUUGGUGAAGGAUACUUCUGCCAAGCUCAAAUCCCUCAGUGAUUCCGACCACGCUUCUGAUGUUUCUCAAAGCAAAAAAAUUGAAGAUGCUAAGCUUGCUAGAGAUUUUCAAGCUACUUUACAAGAAUUCCAGAAGGUUCAACAGCUUGCCUCUGAGCGUGAAUCUACUUACAUGCCAUCUGGGGCUCCAACUUCUGCAGUAAUAGACUCAAUUGGCGAAGAAUCAAAGGAGGACCUUGAGAGCCAACCUUUCAUGAUGCAGCAAAAGAGGCAAGAAUUGGUACUUUUGGAUAAUGAAAUUGUCUUUAAUGAAGCCAUCAUCGAGGAGAGGGAACAGGGAAUUAAGGAGAUACAAAGCCAAAUUGGGCAAGUUAAUGAAAUCUUCAAGGACCUCGGUGUUCUUGUACACGAGCAGGGUGUAGUAAUUGAUGACAUUCAUUCUAAUAUUGAGGCUUCUGCUGCUGUGACAACCCAAGCCAAACAACAAAUAUCUAAGGCUUCUAAAAGUGAAAGAUCUGGUUCAAAAUGGUGUUGGUGGUUGCUGGCCUUGUUUGUAAUGGCAAUUAUCAUCUUCGUGCUUAUCUUAAUCCUAUAAUCCUCCAAAUGAAGGUAUGAAAAUGGGAUUGCCGGUAUUUUGGAGAGGUUGAUAAUUCUUUCCUCCUUGACCUCUGAGGUUGUAGGAGCAUUUUUCUGUAAAAUAUUGUUUAUGAAUGUAUCAUCGUGGUGUUGUUUUCCAAAGUUUGCCUAUUUGACAUUCUUUUUUUGUUGUUUUGGUUUUGACUUUUGGAGUCCUAAGUUUGUACGAAUUCUGAAGAAAUUUAGUGAGGUUUUUUGUUUUGUUUGAGCCUGUAAUAAAGGCCAUAUAGGAGUUGAAUAUAAUGCUUAGGUUAAUUUGUGCUUGCUUGAGUUUUGGAGAGAGGGCAUAGUCCACAACAUUGUAAACUGGCUAUACCAUAUCUUUAUAGUGGAAAUAUGUCUUCAUUUUGGUGUGAUGUGUUCA